AUGCGCUUGGCAAAGGCCAUGUCCUUGGCCCACAUGCGCUUCGGGGAGAACCCGGAGCCAGCACCACCCGCAGAGAAGGCCGCCUUAAAGGAAGGCCGCCAGCUGCUGGCAGAGGUGCUGAAGGUCUCAGAGGCCCUCAACAACGCCUCGGUCAGAUAUGAAUGCAUGAAGAUGAACUUGCAGGUUUGCAUCCAGGACGAAGAUGUCGUGGAGGCCCGAAAAGUCUUGGCGCAGCUCCAGGAGGAGCGGCCCGACGAUGAAGACUUGAAGAGUGACAAUGCUAGGAUCAACCGCUUAGAGAACGACCUGUCGCUGAAGCAAGGUGCUGGCACUGUGGAGGAGCUGCAGAAGGAUUUGCAGCAGGCUGUCUCCCGCCAAAGGCCAUCUCAGACUCAGAACGUAUCUCAGACCAUCGCGCCGAAGGACACAAAGGCAGAACCUCAUUUGGGUCCAGUCCUUCAAAUGGAUCUUCCAGAAAGGAGGAAAGAUAACAGCUCUGCCUUGUGCAAUCCCCACUGGACCUGGUCUGGGGUGGCCAGUUUUUGGAAGGUCUCCCGGUCGAGUGGCUCAUACAUCGAGUGGAACAUCCAGCGUGGAGGAGGCGAGCGAAGGGAGGAAUUCGCUGAAUGGUCUCGUGGUGAGCCUUGCGAGAAGGGUGGCGCUGUGCAAGAGGGCACUGCCGUAGUCGUGGUGCAAAGCGCUGACCGUUUCAGUCCGAAUAUUUGGCAUCGAAUGACUGCAAUUUUUGAGGCUUGGGUCACUCCCAGAGUUUUACAACUCAAAAAGGUGCUGGGAGAUUAUGUCACCAUUUACUACUAUGUCGAGGAAUCCCCGCUGGCGAAUGUGAAGACUGACAAGGGACCAUAUCAGUGGCACCUCCUUGGAACUACAACUUCCAAAGACUGUGGCUUUGAACAUCGUAUCAUUGCUCCAUGGAAUGGUUUUCUUUGGGACUUGGCCUGGGACCUUCGCCUCCUGUGCGUGCGAUCCGAUCUUUGGCUUGACUUCCAAGCGGCGGCCUUCGCGGGCGUUGGUGUGCGUCAGUCGGAGUAUGUCACCCGAGCCACUGGGCGGAGUGUUUGCUACAUGGCCCGGCCGGGCUCGACGAGAGAGUUGAGUGAUGCCAGCAUUGGUCGUUUGAGACAGGCAACCAACAAAGUCUUGUUGGAUAAGCAGCCUUUGGGCUUCCACUAUCUUAACUUGACCUACUUGGUGCCAAUCAAGGAGCAAGUGGCCAAGAUUUACAUGUGCGAUAUCCUGGUAGGGGUGCAUGGGGCUGGACUCAUCCACUCCAUGUGGAUGUAUCCACAAAGUGCCGUGGUGGAAAUCUUGGACCAAGAACAUUUGGCUGCCGGAUACUUCCGAAACAUCGCGCAUUUGUCCGGACAUACGUACUUUAAACUCAAGAAAUCCGUGCUGGAGUCGGACAGCUCCUUGGUCCUUGGUGCGCUGACCAGUGCAGCUCACAUCGUCUCUAACAAGGCUGCCUUCUCUCGUGACAAGCCCAAGGUUAGCGAGAUCCUUGAAGCAUUGCUAGGGAUGUUCAAGGAGAGCAAAGUCACAUAUGAUGCGGUGAAGACUUGCAAAGUUGGAAAGGAUGUGGGCAACGCGAUGAAGAUGGGCGAUCCUGACAUCGCUGCUUUGGGACGAAAGGCUGUUGGAGAGAUUCAGGCACUGGCACAAAGAGCAGCACUGGGCAUCUGA